UUGUGUGUGGCACUGAUUACUCCUCAUACAUAAGGAGUCUGCCCUGUGCACGCCGCUCCUGUCAGCGUAGAAGCAUGCGGAUGUACGGAUGGCUCGUAUUUCUGUUGACUUUCACAUUAUGUUGUUGCGUGUCGCGGCUUGUCUCCUGCCACCUGGCCUCUCUCCAUCCCGCUGGACGUCUGUGAGAGCGGACUGACUGAAGGUAGAUGUCCGGACUGUGAGAGCUGUCCUCCGGAUUGCUGCAGGCGGUGAAGGCGCUUUGAAAAACCUCCAUCUCUGCCCGACUGAGAGUCUACUGGAGCUGUCUGCCUGUCUGCACUACUAUGACUCUGAGCUGCUGAAGAUUUCCUCUUUUUCAGUUUUUGUUUAAAUAAAUUCGCCCCUCUCUGAAACAACUGGAUUCCUCGAUGGGUUCCCGCAGCCAGGGUUUCUUCCACCACCACCACCACCGUAGCUCCAUGGUGCCCACCGUGGUGCCGAGGCUGCUGCCUGAGAACGGCAGCCUGCUGGGGGGCAUCGCCCAAAUCACCCCCAACCUCUUCCUCAGCAGGGGGAACGUGGCGUCCAACCGCAGUCUGCUGCUGUCCAAAGGCAUCACCUGCGUGGUCAACGCCACCAUCGAGCUCCCCAACUUCAACUGGCCUCACAUGGAGUAUGUGAAGGUCCCUCUGGCGGACAUGCCCCACUCCCCCAUCUCCUUGUACUUCGACAGCGUGGCCGAUAAGAUCCACAGCGUGGGACGAAAGCGAGGGGCGGUGCUGGUGCACUGUGCGGCCGGGGUGAGCCGCUCGGCCUCUCUGUGUCUGGCGUACCUCAUGAAGUAUCACCGCGUGUCUCUGGCCGAGGCCCACGCCUGGGUCAAAGCCCGCCGCCCCGUCAUCAGGCCCAACGGCGGCUUCUGGCGCCAGCUCAUCGAUUACGAGAGGAAGCUGUUUGGUAGAAACUCUGUUAAGAUGGUGCAGACGCCCUACGGGGUCAUACCUGAUGUUUAUGAGAGGGACCGCAGGAGCCUGGCUCCGUACUGGGGCCUGUGAGACCCACAGAGUGGAGAGCGAGGAGGAAGUGAAGAUGAGCCCUUUUGCCCUCCUGGACAGCAGCUUCAGGACAGGCGAAGUGAGACGCGUGUGAGUGUACAUCUGUGUGAGGCUUGUUUAAUGAAUACUGGUGUGUCUGGACAGAGGGAGCCUUAGCCAAACACUGGUUGUUGAUGCUGUUCGUCCAACCAGUUGCCUCCAUUUAGUCUUUGAGUGGAGGGAGCAAGGUGACUUCACGCCCAGAAUCCUUUGGACCAAAGGAGCGAUCGGGACCACAAUGAUAUCAAGACACCAAAACAAUAUCGGAGUGUGGAAGUCGGUGCCGUCUAUCUCCUGGUCUGUCUUUCUAGUUCCAUUGGAGGACGAGCGCCCAGUGAAGGUGUUAGCUGUGCUCGAGACUCUGCAGCUCUGGUAGUGAUGUGAUUGAAGUCCUUUUCCUGACGUGAUGAUGUCAUGUGGUGGUAUUGUGCCAGUUUUGCAAUAAUCUUUAGUGUGAAGGGCAGCAGCAUGCUCUCAAUUUAUGGUAGCAUAUAAGAUAAGUGUACAGAAAAAAAUAUACUAACAAAUUAUUUUAUUGGAAUCUACUGAUAGUGAAGAAAAAUGGCACAUUUUAUCUGAACAUUCAAAGAUGUUUUAUCUGCCUUUUUUAAGGUUUAAAUCUAGAAGAUGCAAGUGAAGAGUUUAGGGAAAGCUCCUGUGUACCACAGGGUUGACUGUCCUGUGACCACACUAUGUUAUUGUAGUGCUAUUUGAUGCUGUAUUAAAAAAGAAAAUCUGCUGCCUCAAAGGGAACUGGUAGCUCUAUGAUAGAUGCUUGGAAGAUUAUUUUCUAUCCCACUGUUUUUGCUUUGUGUCCAUCGGUUGCAAAAAGAUCAGAGCAGUACAGAAGACCUUUUAUUUCUCUAUGUAGCUGCCUAAAAGAGUGAUGUCACACAGGCUGGAGGUCCUACUUCUGCUGUCAUCUGCUGGUUGAAAUUUUAACGUUGCUGCACAUCCUGUCCCACACUCCAAAAGUAGUUGUAGGGGUAAGAAAAAAAAUAAAAGUAAAACACAAUACAGACAUCACCAGGAAUUUGCCACAAAUAUUAUCACAUAAAACUAAACAAUUAAGUAAAUGUUCUAAUUCCCGUUUGCUGUAAUGUUUCCUUUUGAUUACAUUCAAAAUCAAUGCAAAGAUGACCAUAGACCCAAAUUCACGCUGGGCGACCUGAUUUGCAUGAUGUGAAUGAUGCAUAUACACAAAAUUUGCAUCACUCGCAUAUUCAUGUGGGGUGAAAAAUUUAAACUCGAAUGAGAAAUUUGUGUGAAGCCGAUCAGAGAUGAGAUUCUCCUGCAUAGCAUAGCCAUGAACUAUACAAACUGCAUUCAGAAAACAAGCAUAGAAGUUUUGCGGACAGACCUGACAAAGCAUGAAUUCAUCAUGUUGUAGUCAUUUUGGCAUCUAUUUAAAACCAUAUAUGCAAACAGGAUUGUGUAGCAUGUCACCCUUGGGGGAAAAAACACAGAUUGUCAUUAACUUACUCGUUACUCGUAAAACAUUAUGUUGAAAAAUGCUCAUCACACACAAGGCAGGAUAUGACAUGCAUGAAUACACCUGCACUCGUUGUUUUUAAUGUAAACCUGCACACCAGUAGCAUA